CCUAAAAUAAAAGUCGCCGAAAUUUGAUUGUGAUAAGUUAUUUUGGGCCACAUUAUUGGUAUAUUUGUGAUAAGGAUUUCUUGUUCCUCAGUAAUUUGUAGAAAUAACAUGCCUGAAGGAUUAUAGAUUGAUUCAACUAAUUGAAGUGAGGUCGUUCUGUUAAAAUGAAUUUUCUACCUUUGAGUAAUUACCUACAAAUAAUUGAGAGAGCUUGGAAUAAUCGCGAUGGAGAAAAGAUAUCCGCAUUUAUAUCAAUGCGUCAUGAACAUAUACAGUAUCCCAACUAUCAGCUGGAGAAUGCAGAUGCUCUUGUUCAACGAUUUCUACCAAGUCCCAUUGAUGACCUAAUUGUAUUUCAUUUAAAAUGCUGUUAUCACUUCAACCGAGGGUCUUUCGUGGAAGCCUACGAAGCUCAGAGUAUGUUGACACAAAGUUUUACUAAGGUAUUGCAAAUGCAGAAAGAGGAAAAUUGGUCUCUACCUAUUAUGUAUACCAUUUGUUCAGAUUUGCGAUUAUUAGCACAACUAGCAGAGAAAACGAGAACUGGAGUGAAUGAUAAACCUGGUGAAAUAUUAGAGAAGGCUGCUGAAUGUCUUAUGGGAUGUUUCAGAGUAUGUGCAGCUGACAAUAGAUCAUCAGAAGAAGAUACAAAACGGAUAGGAAUGUUGGCACUGGUGAAUCAGCUGUUCAAGGUGUAUUUCAGAAUUAACAAGUUGCAUUUAUGUAAACCAUUAAUAAGAGCAAUUCAGUCUUCACCAUUUAGUGAAAGUUUUUCUCUUAGUCAACAAAUAACCUACAAAUAUUUUGUAGGACGAAAAGCAAUGUUUGACAGUGAUUACGAAUUGGCUAACGAAUAUCUCACUUAUGCUUUUGAGAAUUGCCAUAAAUACAGUGUAAGAAACAAAAGACUCAUACUUCUUUAUUUAGUUCCUGUGAAAAUACUUCUUGGUUACAUUCCAAGUAGAUACGUUUUGGAAAAGUACGACUUGGUGCAGUUCUGGAAUUUAGUUCAAGCAGUAUGCCAAGGCAAUUUGAGAGAUUUCGAUGAACUUCUGGAGACUCAUGAAGCAUUUUUCAUCCAAUGUGGGAUUUAUCUCAUAAUAGCAAAACUGAAAAUUAUAGCUUACAGGAAUCUCUUCAGAAAAGUGUAUCUGAUUUUGAAAACACAUCAAAUUCCUGUAGAAUCUUUACAGACAGCUUUGGUUUAUUUAGGGCAAACAGAUGUAGAUUUGGAUGAAACUGAGUGUAUUGUUGCCAAUCUUAUUUACGAAGGGAAAAUUAAAGGCUAUAUUUCCCAUCAACACCGGAAAGUGGUUGUCAGUAAACAGAAUCCUUUUCCUCCUUUGACUAGUUUACAUUAAAUAUUUCAUUCCUAUGUUCAAUAUAAUUUUUUUCAGUCCUUCAACACAUUAAAAGCUUUUAUCAA